GUCGAUUUAACGCAGAACCAUAAUUCAGGCUUUAUGGUGCGUUCCAUUUGUCCUCGGAAGUGGGGAUUUCCCAGUUCCCAGUUGGAUUUUUCAACUGGAACGCCCUUCGAAGUGGGAUUUCCCACUGGGAAAGUGGGAGAGUCUUCACCACCCCCGAGUUCACAUUCCAAGAUGGCUGCCCCGGUUGUAAACAGUAGAAGAGAGCUCUGUAAAAAUUCGUAGCACUUCAUUCUAGUUUUGGUCACACUAAAUCAGUCGUAUACAAGUAUUGUUCGGCAUAUAUAUGCUGCUAUAGUGUAUUUUACAUUUUUCAUGUGGUAUAUAAGAACUACAAACUUGUUUACCUACUUUGUAACUGGAACGCUGAUAACUCGGCUGUGACGUCAUUCCCAGUUCCGAGUUCCGACUUCCGAGGUAAAUGGAACGCAGCAUUACAUCUGCACGGAAAAACGCCAGCGCUAGAGCAGAUUUCAGACAAACGAUGUUUUACAGUCCGUUGUUCCCACACGAACUGUUUUUAUUUAAGAAGACAUGUGCUGUUUCUGCUGAAAACUCCCGAGUUGUAGCGUAGCUUCUUUUGUCAGACAGUGUUUUUACUACUAGCAAGAGGGGACAGCGGAGGUGAGCCUUUCGAGUAGGACCAAAAAACAUGAGAAGAUUACACGAGAAAAAAGUCACGUUUUCUGUCUUAACAUAACAUUUGCUUGUCAGCUAUGUGUAGUGCAAGUGCUAAAAUGUCUCUGGAGGCAACUGAUAUUCAGUCAGAUGAAGACUACGAGGAGGAGUUGGUUGAGGAUGGUUUUUCUCUUCCUGUUGAUAUUUCAGAACAGAGAACAAGGAGAAACAAAUCUUCUGGCAAGCCUCUUUCAAGGUCUCCGUACCUUUCCAGUCUGACUGUAAACUCCAGGAGGGCACCAGUGGGAGCCUGGAGACUUCCAAGGACGUCCUUGGGGGGAACCUCAGGGGACGGAGCUGAGGAGGCUGGCUCAACUCGCCUCACAUCCCUCAGCAACGGCCAUGGUUUUGCUUCAAGUGCAGACGAUUACAGGAGGAAGGAGGACAUGUACAAUGAGAUCAUUCACCUCAAAAAGAGUCUCCAUGCUCAGAAGUCUGACAACCAAAAAAUCAAAACCAAACUGCGGCGCCUCCAAGAAGAAAAUACGAAAAGAGAGAAACAGAUUGAGGAACUACUGGACCCCUCAAAGGGAUCUGAAUAUACACGCAGCUUGGUGGAUAAGAAGAAAGAAGGGAGUGUGGUUCUCAACGGGCUAAAACAGAGAAUCCUGAAACUGGAGCAGCAGUGCAGAGAGAAAGAAAAUGCCUUAAGUAAACUGCAAAGUGAUCUGAGAACCACCAACUUGGAGGAGCUGAAGAUCACAGCAGAAACUUAUUUUGAAGAGAUCCAGAGACUGAAGAUGCUCUUUGAGGCUGCAGAGAAAAGUAGCCGAGCAGAGAGCAAAUGUUCCCAGAGGCAACAGAAAGCUCUGAGCUCCACAGUUCAUCGCCUGUCUGAGAACUUGAAGCAGCUUCAGCAGGAGAAUGCAGCACUGAGAGAGGAGCUCAACACUGACAGUCCUGCUGCUGGAAUAAAAGGUUACAGAGAGUGGAGUAAACAGAGGCUGUUGAGAAGACUGUUGAUGGUAGAGAAGAAGUUCGAAGACAGCAGCAGGAACACCCAGCCAGCAAAGAACAGCAUCAGAUUGGACAAGGAGAUCCAAGCCACACUCACAGAGUUUCCUGGGUUUACCAUGGCAACAGAGGCAGUGGUCUCCGUAGGAAUAGUCACUGAGGAAUGGAAAGAAGUUUCUGAUCUGAGGGAACGCCUCAGCCAAUGGGAGGAGGAGAGAGCAGGCCUUCAGGAGUCAUUGUCAAGUAAAGAUGAUGAAUUAGCAAAGCUGAGGACAGAAAGAGAAGAAUGGCAGAGUGAGAGAGAACGAUGGGAAGCUGAGCAGAAAAAGCAAUCUGAUGAAGAGAAAGAGCAGCAUAAACUGGAGUUGGAACAGUUGUGGGCGAGGAUACAAACUCUGGAGGAUGACAGGAGCAAAGUUUCACAGCCUAAGCUCUCCUCUCCUCCUCCCACAAUAACAGAAAGUCAUGAGCACACUCAGCACCGAGCAGAUCAGGAGGAGGGUGAGGAGAGGGACUCUGGGUAUAAAGAAAAGGGGGCGGAAAGAGAUGAAGAGUUGGGGAUUGACGCAAAGAUGAAGGAAAGAGAAAGGGCAGCUCUGAUCAUUCAGACACACUGGAGGCAGCACAGACAGAGGGACAUUGUAAUGUUGCAGUCAGUGUUCAGGGGGCAUUUCUUCAGAGAGUUGCAGCUCAACACUUUACUGACGGACAUGCAUCAUAAGGUUGUCAACUCACACUGCUGUGUUGUAGUCAACACUGUUCAAGGAGAAGUGGAUGUGGUUUCCUUAACGAUGAUACAGUCUUCAUUCAGGGCACAUCUGGCUCGUUGUAGUCUUCCAGUAAAAAGCUUACAGCUUUCCGAGCCUUCGCUGAUGGAAAAUGAUCCUCCAAAAAGAGCUGGCCUGACUCCCUCCCCCAGUGGAACAGGUGCUGAAUCGCUCAGUUAUGAUGCUGACAAACAGGAUGAGCAUGAAGAUGUCUGUCUGGUCUCAAAUACUUGUGUCUCCAGGAUGACACAUACUCCAGCACCUCUUUUGCAGCCCAAGCCACAGUCCACAGCAGAGUUAGAUGCAGAUUCCACAGUCAAUUCAGACGACUCCGAUGACAUCAUUGUGUCGCCGUCACGGCCACAUAGAAGAAGAGAAGUUAUAAUGUUAUAGAACCUGCAACAUAUAAGAUAAAGUCUUGUGUGAAUUUGUGUGUGAAAAUGCAUCUAUGAAAAUGUUAAAAAAGCAUCUGUGGCACAGGCUUGCACAUAUCUUACAUAUCAAAUUAUUGUUUGAGGUCAAAAUAAAUGUGGACACAGUAUUUGCUGUGAAAAUGCCUGUCUCACACUAAAAACCAGGAUAUUCUUGGAAACUGAAUCUUUUAUAACAUUGAUUUAUGUGCCACAUAAAUAUUCAUUUUAUUCAAGAUUUUCACUGAAAAUGAAAUGAAAUGAAAAUAAACUCUUAAUCUCAAUGCCAAUAUCUAUGCAUCUUAGUGUUGACUUCUGGCUAUUUUAUAAUGGAAGAGAUAACACUUAUGUGAACAUGAAAUUGAAAACUCUUCAUUUUCAGCUGUUAUUCUUGAGUCAGAUAGCUCUCUUUAAUUAGUGUCAGCCAUUCUCACAGAUGCCUUCUUUGGUCUACUAAGAGUUUACUGCAUGGGAAUUGACAUGGCUCACGUGAGGCACAUUGCGGUAAAUUAAUUUGAUCAUUUUUCAAAAUGACUCAUUCAAAGCUCAUAAACAUCAACACACAACAUGUAUCAUAUGCUUCAUAUAUUAUUACUGAUUUUCAGGUAUGACUGAGUUGAUUCUCAUCUGAUGCACUAUUGAGCCAAACUGUGAAUAAAUUAUAGAUCUCUCUGCUGCAAUACUGAAUAGUCGAUGCAGUGGAGUACACACAGAGUAGUCUAAUGCCAAUAAUACCUGUGCUUUUACAUGGUCAUUUGUAAGGGGGACUAACAGGAACAACUGAGUGUGUUUUCUCAGCAUGUGUGUUGUUUCCAUCCUGAAUUCAAUAAAAUGCUGUUUUUC